CUAGGAAUGUACAUUCACUACAAAAACGUGAAGACUUAUAAGAACAUCAGUGAGAUGCCAGAAGUUUUGAAAGUCAAUAGUUUUUCUUUACUCCUGGCAGCCAUUUCUUGUAUAGGAAUGUCAAUGGUCGCUAAUUUCCAGUAUGUCAAUAGCCCCAUACCGCAUCUUGUUGGUUCUGUAUUGGUCUUUGGUUUUGCAAUGUUGUACUGCUGGUGUCAGAGUUUUAUUUCGUACAAGGGACAAGCACUGGGAAUGAACUCCAAGAUAUCUACAGUCAUAAGGACAAUGCUAUCAUUUGCUGCAACGGUUUUUUUCGUUAUAUGUGGGUUUCGACUGUCAUUUAGCAAGCUCUUUCAGUGAAUGGUUACUGGCUUUCACGGUCCUGCUGUUUUCAAUGACUUACUUUAAUGAAUUCAAGAAGAUCUCUUUAAGUAUUAAAACAACGCCAAGAGAGCGGACAGAGCUCUGACAAAGGGAGACCAACAGAUUGGGGCGUUACAUUUUCUGCGCAAAAGCAUGUUGGGAAAUUUUUAACUACAAUAAUAUAUUUCGUGAUGAAAUUAGCUUUGAACAGAUCUAAUGACUUUGCCAUAUACUAGAGUGGUUCUCAUUAACCCGUGAAAUACACUUUAGCGUAUUACACUUUAUUACACUUUGACUAUUACACUUUGUUUCACGGGUUAAUGAAAACCACUCUAUUAGAGUACAAACACUAAA